GGAAGCAAUAGAUUGGUCGAACGGCGUUCGUUGUACACGAACACGCCCGUUUUGAUAGUAACACUGUUUUGAUGAUGUUCUCUGCUUGUUGCAUUCAUUCACUCAGGGAAGAUUCAACAACGCUGGCUAGCUAGAGUAGCACUAGUGGGGACAAUCGUUUUGGAAAUAGGCAAAAGGGUAUCUGUGUUAUCCAGUUACAAGUCUCCUCAGUGGCAGCAAGUCUAUUGAGUUUUCUUCGACCAUGAGCGCUACCGUGGAAAAACCCGACUCUUCAGCCGCCGCUGCUGCACUUCCUGCGGUUCAACAUAAACCUGUUGAGUGUUCGGGUGACGCCGCAGAAGCAUUAAGCGUGUACAGAGAGAGAGUCAGGGAACUGAAGACUGAGCAAAAGUGCAAGCCAGACAUGAUCGCCUACAAAGAGCUGCGAGGCAAAUUUGUACCCACCAGACGACACGGCGAGAUUCCUGGGGUUCCCGUGGGCCUGUGCCUUGAAGGAAAAGGAGAAGCUGCCAUCCUUGGGAUUCACCAAAGUAUCCUCAGUGGUAUUGACUCUAUCAAAGGUGAACCCUGCUACGCCAUUUCUGUCCAGGGUAGGUACACAGAUAACGAAGAGGCAGACGAUGGUACCAUUUAUUACACUGGGGAGGGCGGACAAGACAAGUCUAAGAAACACGUGAAAGACCAAGACUGGCAAAAUGCUGCUAACGCAUCGCUGAUUGCUUCCAAAGAGUCAGGCACACCAAUUCGAGUUAUACGCCGAGCCAACAAACGAUACUAUUACCUUGGCUUGUAUAAAUGUCAUGACUUCUCUUACGACAAAGGCAAGGAUGGCUUCAAGGUAUUCAGAUUUGAAUUGAAGCCACUUUUCCCAAAUCAAGCCGCAGGAUUACGUUCCUUUCCCGUGGAUUCCAAGCAUACCAGGCGAUCGUCAUCGUCAUCACUUGGCACCAAACACGCCGACAAGAUACCACGCAAGAAACAACAACCUACAAAGCAUCCCAGCAGUUCGUCGUUUGCGCAACAAGCCACAGCGCAACCUAGAAGAUCUUCUUAUGAACAACAAGCCACAGCGCAACCUAGAAGGUCAUCGUAUGAACAACAAGCCACGACACAACCAAGAAGAUCCUUUUACGAACAGCUAGCUACGGCACAACCCAGAAGGUCGUCAGGUCCUCCUCAACAAACGAAUUCCCGCCAAAGGUUGGCCCAGAGGAUGCGUUCAAAGGGUUUCAAGUAG